AUGAGGCGAAAGAAACUCCGUGAUGACCAAAUAGAACAAGCGGAUUGCAGUGCAUCAAGCCUUGCUAGGCUGUCUAUUACUGCAGACUCAUCUCAUCAUAUACUUGCUCACUCAGGUAAGGUUAGUGGCAAGACCUCGUUAUCGCUCUAUGAUGGAAACCCAGACGAUUCUCCUGCGAUAUGUUGUGCAGGAUCGCCUGGAGGCACUGCUGAGGAGGCGAUACCCGCAGGGAGGGUAUCAAGUCAGUGUAAGCUCAGUAUUUCUAUUAAUCCUUGCCGCCUGCUUGCUGAGCACGGAAAAGGUGCGGAGAAACACCUCAGCGCCAGCGCAGCUUACGGCAACUAA